AUGAGUUCCAUGAGAGGCCUUCAAGUUUUAAAUGUUUCCAACAACCGAUUGUCUGGCCAAAUUCCAAAAUAUCUAAAGUCACUCAAUCUAACAAAUCUGAGCCUAUCUUACAACAAUUUUGAGGGUGCAUUGCCUAUGGGAGGAGUUUUUGGAAGUGCCAAUUCAACUUCAGUUGUUGGAAACAAGAAGCUUUGCGGGGGUCUGCAAGAUUUUCAACUACCCAAAUGCAACUACAAAGUGUCAAAACGGACAAGAAUAAGUAGAAUUGCAAAAAUCAUGAUAUCCACAUUCUCUACUCUUGUAGGUGUAGUUUGCAUACUCAUUUUGUUAUACUUCUUCUGGUUUGGAGAUAAUAAGAAAGUAUCGGCUUCAAGCUCUUCAGAAGAUGGGCUUUUGCAUGUUUCUUAUCACAAUCUAUUGAAGGCAACGGGUGGAUUCUCCUCCACCAAUUUGCUCGGCAUGGGCAAUUUUGGGUCCGUGUACAAAGGGCUUCUUGAUCAAACUCAGUCGAUUGUGGCCAUCAAGAUUCUCAACCUUGCACGUCAUGGAGCUUCCAAAAGCUUCAUAGCUGAGUGUCAAGCCUUGAGAAGAAUUCGACACCGUAAUCUUGUGAAGGUACUCACGAUAUGUUCUGGGUUUGAUUUUAAUGGAAAUGACUUCAAGGCACUGGUCUAUGAAUUCAUGUCAAAUGGGAGCUUGGAUGAAUGGUUGCACCCAACCGCAUCACAGUAUACAAAGAGAAGCAAGUUAAGUCUGCUUGACAGAGUGAAUAUUGCCACCGAUGUUGCUUGUGCACUAGAUUAUCUCCAUCAUCGCUAUGAAAAUCCGAUAGUUCAUUGUGAUUUAAAGCCGGGCAAUGUCCUUCUUGAUGAUGAAAUGACUGGACAUGUAGGCGAUUUUGGGCUUGCCAGGUUCCUUCCAGAAGCAACACAUAAGUUAUUAGGCGAUCAAUCAAGCUCUAUCGAAUUAAAAGGAUCUUUUGGCUACAUAGCCCCAGAGUACGGCUCGGUAAAUGCAAUAUCCACAAAAGGAGAUGUGUAUAGCUUUGGAGUCCUCAUUUUGGAGAUGUUCAUAGGCAAGAGGCCGACCGAUGACAUGUUUGAAAAUGGGAUGAACCUUCAUCGCUUCGCUAAGGCAGCUCUAGUAGACGAAGUGGAAAAGGCAAUCGAUCCUCUUCUACUUGAGGAAAUCGACAAGUCAGAGAAAAGACAAACCGUCCCUCUAGAUGGCAAGAACAAAAGCUGGUUUAGUUCUCUGGAGUGUUUGGUUUCGAUCAUCGAAAUUGGAGUCAUUUGCUCUUCUGAGUCUCCAGGGGAACGAAUGGACAUCUACGAUGCAUUGACUAAACUCCAAGGAAUCAGGAAGAAACUUCUUGAGUUCAUUGCCAUUGCCUAG